AUUUAACUGGAAAUUAUAAUGAAGUAUUUUUUGCUAUUCAAGCAAAAUAUAGAAAGAAUCUUUAUGAUGAACAAGCUGAAGAUAUUAAAAAAUUUGAUAAAGCUCUUGAAUCACAACCUAGAGAAGUUGUAGGAUUUUUUGUUACUACUAUUGAUUUUUCAACAGAAUCUAAAGAAGCAGCAUUAAAUUCUAAAAGAAAAAUAUUUUUAUGUAAUACAGAUAAUAUUGUUAGUAAAAUUAAAAGUUUAUCAUUAGUAAAAGAAAAAGUAUAUAAAAAAAAUGUAAUACUCGAUGACAAAGAACAAUCAUUGAAACCAUCAGUUAAUUAUUUAAAACAGUUAAAAGAAGUAAAGAAUAUAAUAGAUAAAUGGGAAAAUAAUGGAUGGCGUGGACAAAAUAAUCAAGAACUUAAAGCACCGAGAAAAUUAUGUAAUGAAAUCAAUGAAUUACUUAAAAAGAAAAUUAAUGUAACUUUUUAUUAUCUUAAAAAUCAAAAUUAG